AUGGUGUUUGGUGUUUCAAAAAAGGGAAGAACGUUUCGAGAUUUAGCAAGCCAGUACAGCAUCUACUUUUGUGGUCAUCUUCAUAAACUGAUAGCCGGUUUGGGAGAUGUUCUCAAAUCGUAUGACCCUGUGACCAAAUCACUCGAACUAGAGCUAGGUGAUCUCAAAGAGCACGGACUCUAUCGAAUUGUCGCUGUAGACCAUGAUCUCAUUUCAUUUGUCGAUGUGCAACUACCACUGGAUCAAAUCCCCAAAAAGGGCCCUGUGAAUGCGCAAGGUCUCGUUCAGCCCAUGCAAAAUGGCAGCAUCAUUUGGCCACACCAUGUUGAGCCUGCUCCUGCUAUCCUGGUCACCAAUCCAAAAGAUGCUCGAUUCUCGAUCCCGUCCAAAGAACCGUUAUGGCGUAUCCGCCAGAGUAGCCACAUUCGAUUCCUUGUGUUCUCAAAUGAAACAAUCGAUAAGCUGCAAGUAGAAAUCCUUAUUGACGGCAAGCUACACCUGCAUGCAGCCUCCUUUGUGGGUGAUACGAAGAAUCCGCUUUGGGCUGCUGCUUGGGAUCCCUCAGUGUUUGAAGACAGAAAGCCACAUCAACUCACAGUGCGGGUAACUGCAUCAGAUGGAAAAGUGGGGUUAUCAAGCACUGUGUUCCGUGUUGAUACGCAUCGCAUCAAGAUUGGUGGAGGGUCUGGCGAAUUCAUCAUCAAGUCAAAAAUGUCAACUGUGUUGCAAUGCAUCACCAUCUUCACCAUGGCAGCCAUGCUUCUCUUAUUAUUGAUACCCAAGUUCUUUGCACCACAGUACGACACCGACAUCUACAGCAAGAAGCGUAUCAAUAGACUGCUGUUGCGUAUUCAUACCAUCGACCAGAUUGCAGUCAAAACACCGUACCUUAAGCUUCAAAAGAGCAUCUUGACCUGGUCGUACAGAUUUUUGCAACUGCCACAGGAUCAAUCCAUUGUCUGGCAUGUUACAUUUGUUUACAUUUUAGCGCUGCUCACAUUGCCCUGGUUCAGAGCCAACUUUAUACCCUCUGCUGACACGAAUGCAGAACGCCAUGGCAUUCUUUACAUGUGGGGCAUGGUUUUUGGUGGCGAAUGGGUCCCUAUCGCUGAUACAUGGAUGUUUGCUGCCGAGCAAAUCACGUUUGAUGUCUUUGGCUUCUUCUUUCUCGUCACUUGGAGAGGUACUGACGCCACUGAUCUGCUGUGUCGUGGUGCAUCUGUCGUACACAACCAACGCUAUCCUAGUGAUGUUAAACCCACUGCUACACCGACUGCUGUCAAAGUCAAACAUCGCCGCCAAUUGAAUGAAAUGGCAUGGUUUAAGGGAAUGGAAGUCGUUUAUUGGCUUUGGCGAUCAAGCGAACUUGUCGCGCUGGCAUCUUUUUAUGGUGGCAUCUGGCCAACGUUGGUUCUGAAUAUCAAUGUCUAUUGGAUGCUCUUUUCAGGAUACACGCUUGCAUGGGGAAAGAAUGGUGUCAUGUGUAAGAGAAAGAAGCAAAAGAGCCGAUUGUUAGUGAUGGUAGAAGGCUGUGUAGCUUGCCAGCAACAUGAGACCGUUCUAUCUCUGGUGGAAGAAAAUGAAAAGAAGGCUCCAUUGAAUGACGAUGGCACUGUACUCAACUACAACAGCAGUGCAUCUGUCAAUGCUACCACGCUCACUCAAGAAGAAGAACAGCAAAAGGUGGGAUUCAUGAGCAUCAGUAGCUCCAGUGGUAGUAGUAGCUGCAGUAGUAGUACACCUUUUGAUGGUCUACCUCAUGUCAAAAGUAGAAAAAGACAGUUGAAGACCUAG